GGCAGAGCGAAGGCGUGCACGGAGCCAGCGAGGGGAGCGCCCGAGUGUAGUGCAAAGCGGGGCAAAGCACAACUGCAGGGGGAGAAUACAUAAGGGGUUCAAGUUGUAGAAGAUUUGUGGAUAUACGUGAAGAGCAUGUAAGCAAGAAGAACUGCAUCUUGAGUGUCUUAUAAUGAAACUGAACUGUUCUGGGGCCAAGCUUUGCAUUCUCCAACACUCAGAAGAACCUGCGUUUUCUAGAAUUUUAAGUGAAAAUAAGAUGACAAAAGUUUUAAAUUAAAACUCAGAAUGAAUAUUGAAAAAUCAGAAAAUAAGGCAAAGAAUGGCUUGCAGUCUCCCUUAUUUAUCAGCGAUGAAAAUGGAAAUAAAUUUACAUGUAACACAACUACACCACCCUCAAUUAAUCAUACCACCAAUAUAAAUGGAAAUUCAGCUAGCCAAUGUAAUAAAAUGGCUGAGCAUGAAGAUAACAUGGAUUUUAAGGAUGUAAAUGAUUGCACAACUAUUUCUUUAAACCAGGAAUGUAUUGGAGCACUUGAUCUACAAAAGACUGGGGGUGAAUUUAUCUGUAGAGGGGCUUCAUUGAGCGAUAUUGAUGCCACAUGUGUGUGUCCUGCAACUGAACAGACUUGUAUUUAUGUCUUGAACCAUAACUUAAAACAACCAACCAGCCUCCUAAAAGAGAACCUUGCUCUAAAAGGAGUGCAGAAUCAAAGUACUGAUCAACCAGUGCCUUAUAGACAGAUUGACUGUAACUGUACAAUGCACCUUACCCCUUUGGAAUGGAGCAAAAACUCUGAAAUCAAAAGUGAAGUAGGUUUUGCUCAUGUGGCAUUAGAGGUCACUGGUGUCAAUGAAUCUCUUGAUAUGGCUAAAAACUUGGGGGAAACUAUGGGAAGUGAAAACGAAGAUGCAUUUCUCCCUCUGACAUUCAUCCCUUCUGAUGAAAUGCAUAUGAGAAAAAGUUUUGAGACAAGUAGCCCUGAAAAACCUCCUAGUUCAUCUGUGCUGGAAGCUUCAGGGGGCCCAAACCCAUCAAAUAAUUGUUCAGAUUUGGUAGUACUACCUCUUGCUUCUCCAGAUGUUGGAGGGGUUAGUGAACAGUCUUUAAAAGGCACCAAUUAUGUCGAUGUAGCACCACAAAAUAGAGAGUCCCAAGAAAUGGAAAUGCAGUCCUUAAAACUAGUUGCUGAAUGGUUAGAUUGUCACUCUAAGAAUUCGGUGUCACCAGAGCAUUUUAAUAUGGAUAAAGAUUUAAAAAAGUAUUUGCAUAGCACACCUGAACAUGCCGAAACGGACACAUCUCCAACCAGAAUUGUAAUUAAUUACUCUGUAAAUGAUUUAUAUGCUCUGCCAAUACAGAGUUUUGAUCUAAGUAUAGACCAAGAACCGGUGGUAAACAAAGUGAGUGAACGUUUAGCCAAAGAACAAAAUGUCUCUGCUAAAAACACUGCUCUCCAAGAUGUACCCAGCUAUUUUGCAGUGUCUGAAUCAAUACAAAGCAGUAUACCAAAACCAGAAGGGACUGCUACAGCUGAGCUGAAAUGUGAGGCAACUUUUGUGGUCUUCAGUCCAACAGCUGGUGAAACCAGUCCUGAUUCAUGUAUUUGUACACCUAUGACAGGAUCAAAAAAAACAAAAUGUUCUGUUUCAGCUUUGGCAGAAGCUGGAAAUGGGCCUUCUAAAUUGGAAAAGAAUGAUGCAUUAAUGAGAGGAUGCAAUAGAAAGAUUUCACUUAAAACUAGUUCUGAACAAAUUGCAGCGAAACCAAAAAAUCGGUCUCCUAUUGUUUCAACAAUUACCAAAGCUAGAAAAGCUGAGAUUGUUAGCUUUCCAAAACCAAACUUUAAAAAUGUGAAGCCAAAAGUUAUAUCAAGAGCUGUGUUACAGUCAAAAGAUAAUGUUUCAUUAAAAAUAUCUCCGAGAUCCCCUCAACUCUCUACUGCCUCAUCAUCUUCACCAGUUUCUUCCCCAAGGCAAUUGCCCUCUUCCAUCAAAGCAUUGAGGGAAAAACGUGAUUUAGACAGAGAUACUAAAGCAGAAAUACCAAUGACUAAGCCUCAUAAGCAACCUCUUAAUAAACAGCUCUUUCCUAGCCAAGUUGUACAUGCUACAACUCAUUCAAAGAACGCUUCUCACAAAAUUCCAAAAACACUUUCAGUAAAGCAGACUCCAGAAGACAUUGACAAAGCAAGCUCCUCCAAUUCAACAUCCUUCUCUGUUUCUGCUGCAGUUGUAACAUGUGUACAGAACUCAAAAGGGAAAUUGAAUGACAAAAUGGAAAGCAAAAAGUCCUUGGCGCAGCCAUGUGUCACAAGCACCUGCUGGAGUGGAGCUGAAAAUGAGCAAAAUUGCAAUUUGGGAACUCAUUUGGAAACGGAAGAGCUAAUAAAAGAUCCAGCAAAUGAGACAUUUGAAGUUGACCCUGCUCCCUUGGUUUCUUCAGCUAAAACUGGGGCAGCACAAGGAAAAAAUAUACACAAGGAAGGCCCUAUCACUCUAAGAAGUAUACCUGCUCCCAAGGUGAAAGUGGUGCCUUCUGUGUUUCGCUCUAGGCGAGGAAGUGAAAAUAAAAAUGUGUGGACAACUAAAAUGUCAUCUCCUCAAAGAGCUGUUCUGCCAUCGAGUUCUGGAGUGGAAACUUCUUCCAGAGGGAAGCCUGCCUCUGUGAAAACAUCUCUAGCAUCUUGGACCAGUUCUGGCAAAUCACUAAUUAAAUCAAAAGUGCCCAUUCGGAGAACUGCUAGCAUCUCUUCAAUCAGUACCCAGAGUGAGCAAAGUACUUGCAGUAAUAAUUCUACAAGUGCCACAAUCAUCGUCAAGAAUGGAGAAUGGCCUUCAAAAGCUACCUGUCAAAAUGGCAUUUCUGGAUCCAUCUCUUUGAAGCCAGUGCCCAGACCUAGAGUGUACUCCUUAAAAUCCACUCCAAAAGGAACAAAGAACAAGUCUGGUUCACUGAACCAAUGUAUACCAAAAUCAGCUGGACCAUUUCUUCCAGCAAGGAAAACCAGUGAGCCAAGAGGCAACCAGCCAUUGGGUACUCCUGUACUGAAUGGGCCCCGAAGACUAUUGUCAGGUUUCAAUUCCGUUGAGAGAGGCAAGCAGAGGAGUCCUAAAAGUUCAUGCAUACACACACAAACCUCUCCAGCUGUGCAUUCAACUGAAACAAAAACACGUGAGUUGGCACAAUACAAAGCAAAAUGUGAGAACCAAAGUGAAAUUAUCCUGCAUUUGAAGAAAUUCUUGGCAAGCAGUAACCAGAAGUUUGAAGCAUUAACAGUUGUGAUCCAGCACCUACAGUCUGAGAGGGAGGAAGCACUAAAACAGCAUAAAGAGCUAUCUCAAGAAUUCCUCAACCUUAGAGGAGAGCUGGUAACCACUUCUGCAGCCUGUGAGAAAUUGGAGAGAGACAGGAAUGAAUUACAAGCUGCUUAUGAAGGGUUCGUGCAGAAGCUAAAUCAGCAACACCAAAAUGAUCUGACAGAGCUGGAGGAAAGACUUAAACAAUUUUACACUGGAGAGUGUGAGAAACUACAGAGUAUCUGUAUUGAAGAAGCUGAAAAAUAUAAAGCACAACUUCAAGAGCAGGUGGACAACUUAAAUAUUACGCAUGAAAACUUCAAGUUAGAACUCGAAACCAGCCAUGCAGAAAAAAUAGAUGAGCUGAAAAAGGAAUAUGAAUCCUCUCUUUCAGAGCUCAAGAAUGCCCAUGAAUUGGAAAGGAAUUCAUUUGAAAAUUCAUUUAAAGAGAAACAGGAAUCAUUAGAGAAAAAAAUUGAUGAAUUAAAAAGGGAAAAUGAUUCUUUAAAUGAAAAGUUGGAAGAGCAAAAACAAAUAGCCAAAGAAAAAGCAAAUCUUAAAAACCCUCAGAUCAUGUAUCUGGAACAGGAACUGGAAAGUUUGAAAGCAGUGGUGGAGAUCAAGAAUGAGAAACUACGUCAGCAAGAUAUAAAGCUGAUGAAGACAGAAAAACUGGUGGAAAAGAACACAGUCUUAAUGGACAAAAUGAAGAAGUUUCAGCAGGAAAAUGAAGAACUAAAAGCUCGGAUGGACAAACACAUGCAACUUUCAAGGCAACUUUCCACAGAGCAGGCAGUUUUACAGGAGUCUCUAGAGAAAGAAUCGAAAGUAAAUAAACGUUUAUCAAUGGAAAACGAAGAACUUCUAUGGAAGCUUCAAAAUGGGGACCUGUGCAGCCCUAAGAAAGUGUCACCUACUUCUCCACUGAUGCCUUCUCAGUCACCAAGGAAUUCUGGCUCCUUCUCUGCUCCUACAGUAGCACCAAGAUGACAUCUUUUGAAAUGAGGGGGAGACCACAUAAAAGCAUUUCACUUGUGAUCUGCAGAACUGAUCCUAACUCCAAUCACGGGAGCAAGAGCUAUAUUAGCUGAGUGUGAUGACUGAAAUAUAACUGGAAUUAUUGGUGUGGAAAAUUGUUCUAAGAUACUGAAAAUAUGGGAGUAAGACUUUAUAUUUCUCCUCUAAAAAAGACUUCAAUAAUGAUUAUAGACAUUGUUGCACAAAGCACUUACAGAGCAAGGGAAGUCUUGUUCAUUGCCUUUUUCACCUAACUCUAAGAAAAAAGCUCAGGGGCUAUAGAUAAAGACCACAACCUCUAUAAUGUGUUCCUUAUCACAGACACCUUUUUGAGACUGUAGAUGUGUGGUGUGAAUGAAGUGGAUGUAACACACUGUGUGUGUGUGUGUGUGUGUGUGUGUGUGUGUGUGUGUGAGCGUGAGCGAGAUGCUGCCUUCUUUGCCGUGUAUGUAAUAAAGGACAAAAGCUAAAGAAUAUACAUUGACAUGUACUUCAUUAAUAAUGUUGUCAAUAUGCAUGUUUUAUCAAAGGUUACCCUUAACUGCGGGUGAGGAGAAACUGCCAUUUGUAUUAUAGGCUAGUUUUCACCUCAUCUUUCUGCUUCCGUUUAGUAAGAGGAUGGCAGGAAAUGUUUUAUCUGUUGACUUGUCAGUGUCUCUACCUACUUUUAUACUGCAAUUGAGUGAUUUUUUUUCUAAAAAAUUCAGUCUGAUCAUCAGCGUUGAAACUGCAGCCAUACCGUCUAUGAAUUUUUAGCUUUCCCAUUCAUAUGCAGCACUUGUAGCCAUAUCACAGUCUAAUAAGAUGGUAGCAUUGCAUUUUUUCAGGAUACAGUCAAGUUUAGAACACUUUUUGCUAAAAUGGAAGUGGGGAAGCAAGGUGAUAAUUCUGGAACAUUGAAAUUGACAAUCUCUGCAACUCCCUUAAUUCUACUGUAGUCAGAGGUCAAAACAUUAAAAUGACUAGAUUUAGCAUAAACUCCCAUACUGCAGACAUGCAACCUGACCCAAUCCCCUUGUCUGCUGAAAACAAACUCCCAGACAAGCAACCAUUACUUCCUAAGAAAAGCCUGGUAAUUGCCAAGGCCACCUGUAGAGAAGAGGAGGGUCCUGAUCUAAUCGAAGAUACAGGAUUUGAAAGCCAAAAAGGGAAAAAUAAGUAGGAUGACAACUUUCUUUGAAAGGGGAAUGAGAAAUGUAGCAAGAUUCGUAAAAGAGAGUCUUAAAAGCAACCAAUACCGUUUCUCUGAUUUUGACAAAGUUUUUUGUUUUUUAAAUGUUGUGCCCUUAUUUUAACUUUCAGCAGUGUUGCCAAGAUAACUGUAUGGAGGGGUGGGGAGAAGAACAUGUGGUUCAUCUCUCCAAAGUUUCCAAAUUUCACUUGGCAGAAGUUUACCCUUGAGUUAAAACAAACAUGUCUGUGUUGCUGAAGAUGGAUGUAACGUUUUACACUAUGUUUCAAAUUAAGGUAGUCACAGUGUGUCUCUGGUCUUGUUACUGUUUUGGUCCGCACUUCUUUUAAAGAUCCCAUGCAUCCUGUUUUGUGAGUACAGUUUCAAUUUCUAGUUAUGGUUACAGAAUAUUGUCUAUGCUUCUGAUUGGGGGUUGUUUUUAAACCAGGAAUAUUCUACUGUUACCUUGUCAACAGUGUUAGCAAUAUGGUAAAUCUUGUGCUUCACUGUAUUUUUCCAGCAGAUUGGGAAAGGGAGUCCAGUGGAUGGGAGGGGCAGAGAGGAGGAGUAGGGAAACUAAACUUGAAAAACACUUCAAACCAAACAUUUCAUCUAGGAUAUGAAAAUGCUGGCCCUUCAGAAAGUGUAUGGGUGUACAAACAAAGUUGUAGCAGUGCUCAUUCUGUAACUAUGAAAUUGUAAUAUAUUCAAGCUUGUAAUUAAAUUUAAUCUACACAAUGUACAAGUGAAGUCUGACUCCUCUAUGGAACAUUUUACUUAAUUUGCCUCUUUUUUAUCCCAUUUAAGGCACUGUACAUGCCACUGUAGUUCAAGUGGUGUCAGCACUUAUAAAUACUGUUUUCCACAGAUUUAUAACUUAACUGUAAAAAUCUGCUGUGGGCUGAAACUUGGCUUAAAAGUAUUUCUUAGAGCAUUCUUUGCUUUGAUAAGGUUAAGGAAAUUGGAUCAUGUGUAUUUGAGAUGUGUUUAAAAAUAAAUUUUUUUUUUACUGGU